AUAUCCCCCACACUUUAAUGAAAGAAUUGGAUUUAUCUCUUGGCGAGGAUAUUCCCCAUUCAGUCUAUAUUUCCCCCCAAAUAUUAGAAAGAAAACCCAUUUGUGGUGGCAUAACUAUUGAAAAUAAGGAAGAAAUAAUCAUCGCUAAAUCUCUUAACAAGGACCAAGAAACACAAACUGAUUUAACCAAUCAACAAAUAUUAAACCAAGUUAAUCAAUUACAACAAGAGGACAAAUUAAAUCAGCAAACUAUUAUUGGUUUACAAGAGGAGUUUUUAGAAGCCCAAGGCAACCAGAACCAAGAAUUACAAGACCAAAUAACUACUUUGGUUGGAGAAAGGGAUAAUAUUCAGCAAGAAUUAAAUAAUCGACAAACAGAAAUAAGGCGUUUAAAUAACGCUUUACAAACUGCCCAACAAGAAAAAGAAAGAAUUGAGCGAGAUUUAAACACUCAAAUUGGACAGUUAACAACUCAACGAGAUAAUUUACAAACUCGAAUUAAAAAUUUAGAGCGAGAAAAACAAGAAUUAAACCGAAAAGUUGAUGAAAUAACUAGACUUAAAGAAGAAAAGGAAAGAUUGAGAACCGAACGAGAUGCUCGUCCAAAUAUCACACCGGAGCAUUUAAACCGAUUAAACAGAGAGGUAGGUAAUUUAAAACAAGAACUCAAUGACCUGAUUACUAGCACGCAAAAUCUCUUGGGAAUAGAUGACUUGAAUAAUUUGCCAGUCUUACCAGAGGGGGAAACAUUAAUUACUUUAAUAGCCCGACCAACCCAAGCACAAUUACAGGACAAGCAAAAUGAAGUAGGUCGAAAAAAUGAUGAGAUAACUGAACUUAACAGGACAAUAAAAAAGUUAGAGGAUGAAAAGAAAGUAUUAAAAGAUGA